AUGAAGCAGCUACAAGAUGAAGAAGUGAAAGAUGAAACCAGUCCUGUGGGAGAAAAGUAUAUUCUGGUCAAAGAAAAUAAAACCUGGGAGGACGCUUUGACCUACUGCAGAGAUCACCACCAUGACCUGGUCACCAUCACCGACAUGGAUGAUCAGAGAUGGAUCCAGGAGAAAGUUAAGGUGGCAUCGACUGGUUAUGUCUGGAUGGGUCUGAGCUACGCCUGCACUCUGGAUUUGUGGUUCUGGGUCAGUGAUGAGGUGGUCAGCUACAAGAACUGGGCCUCAGGUGAACCGAUGGAUGACUGUGACAUGUCUGGAGCCAUGGAGACGAGAGGAAAACAUCAGUGGAGGAAAAAAGAUGAUACUGAGAAGUUUAAUUUCAUUUGUUCUAUGUAG